AUGUCUCAAGUGAUGGCACCAAAAAGCGGUUACAUGAAAAUCUCUGGUGAUAAAGAUGAAAAAGUCAGUUUUGUAUCUUCACUUUUUUUCCGUUGGAUGAACGAAGUCCUUAAAAAGGGUAGUCAAAGACCUUUGGAUCAAAAUGACUUCUUACCCUUGUCAGACGAGAACUCGGGCCGUUUUGUCACCGACAAGCUUAAAAAAAUCUGGGAAAGCGAGAAACAUCAUUGCAAGAUGAAUGGGAAAAGGCCCAAACUUUGGAAAAGCGUGUUUUAUAUGCCUUCUGCCAAAGAUGUUAUCACCAUUUUGAUGGGGAAUAUAUUGUGCACAACUUCUCGCCUUCUCUUUCCACUGUUCCUCGGGUAUCUUGUUUCUAAGCUUAUGUCGACUGAGGCAGAGAAUACUUAUCGGCUCUACGCCUGCGCAUUAGCUAUGUGUCUCAAUGGUUUGAUCGGUGGUCUUGGUAUGCACCAGGAUAGCUACAGAUGUGAAAUAUUGGGGAUCAAAAUAGGAAGCGCCCUGAGGGGAAUGGUGUACCACAAGGUAGGCACGAUCCUAAAGAGUAUUCUAUGCACCUGUCAUAGGCUCAACUCAUUUUUCUAAUACCCUAAACACCCCAAACUAAGCCGAAAAAACACCUUUAUCUAUCCGACCCAGAAAUAAUUUUUCCAGAAAUGUGAUCGAUUGUAAUCAGCUUAUGCCAUAUGGAGACCCUGAAGGAGAGGGUAAUUGAAAAUCAUCGCUGGUGCUUCUGCGAGAGCAAGCAAUCCCGCUCACCAACAAAAAAAUCGAAGAAACAAACAGUUAUUUAGCCUGCAGUUAACGGGGAAGUAGGUUACAGAAACCAUAACGCAUAAGGCCACGCUUCUUAGUGAGAUUCAAAAUGGCGCCUUAGCUGUCGCUCUUUUUCACAUUUAAAGAUAAUUUGGUAAAGGUUUGUUUACUCUCGUCUCGAAACGCAGGAACGGAUGUCUUUAUUCCGUAGAUUAAAAUCAUAUGGUUUAUGGAACAUACUUCUCUAAUGUCUAAUCUGUACUCUCUUUCAGACACUUCUACUCAGCAAGCAGACGUUACUGAAAUUCACUGCAGGACGUUUACUCGACCUGAUAUCCAAUGAUGUUAAAAGAAUGGAAGAAGAGACAGUCAAGUUUUUUGUCUCAGCCGUUUUCGCAGUCCUUGCUUAUGUAGGGGCAAUAUUCCUUAUCUACAAUUUGAUUGGCUGGCAGGCUGUUAUGGGUGUGUUCCUUCUGUGUGUUCUUAUGCCGUACUUUGCCGUUUUGUCCUAUGCUAAUGCUAAGCUGCGCUUGUGCACAGCUACAGUGUCCGAUCAGCGAAUCUCCCUCACGAAUCAAGUAGUUUCCGGGAUCCGCGCGGUCAAAACGCAUGCGUGGGAGGAGGAAUAUAGACGAAAGAUAAAACAUAUAAGAAGGUAAGGUAAAUUGUCAGUUUUUAUCAGAAGUGGGCUAAAACAACUAUCUUUAUUCAUCCCCUUGAUUGUUGAACUAAAUUAUUCAAAAUCCACAAAUAUGUUUUGUCUCCACUGAGAGCUUUAUUAGCUAAGCAGUUCAAACAAAAAAAAGUGUCUCAUGUAACCCAUUUCAUAACUAUAGGACUAGCCGGUCAGUUAAUAAAUAUCAGUAUCUACUAAGUAGAAAGUGUUGAAAGUGCACUCUGAUUGGCUACUCAAACUCCGAAUAUCCUUUGCAAUUCAUCUUCGAGCGACUCGUUCGGGAUUUGCACCCGAAAAUAUUGUAAUCGUUUUUACUUCAGUGUCGGUGAAAAAGGGUGGUUAUCACCUCCACUUCGGAGCAUAAUUGUUCGUUAUCAUAGGUAGAACAUCUCAUUGAGUCUAACUUGACUUCAGUUGGUAUUAUUUCUCAUACGCUGUCGUGGGUUCGCAAAAGACGCACUUUCACAAAGAAGUGAACGAUGAGGAAUGGUGCACUUGUUGCCCGCUCGCCUCCUCUAUACUUCAAAUUAGAGAGAACACAGAGGACGAAUUGGUUCGACAGAAUGCCCACAUAACUGAUGAACAACUUUUAUCUGCAGAAAUGAAAUCAGCGUCAUUUCGAAGAGGACAGCCAUUCAGUCAAGUAUUGAUGCCUUGUUAUACAGUGCAACGCCACUGGCCACUCUGGUGUCAGUAAUUAUUAUGGUGCUUACAGGCCAGACCCUCACGCCCGCGAAUGUUUUCAUGCUGCUGUCGUUUAUGGGUGUUUUAAAAUUUAGUGGUAUGUUGAAUAUGACAUCAGGUUUAAUGGUAACGUAUGACGCCUACGUUUCGCUCGGAAGAAUCGAAGAAUUCCUUCUUUUAGAAAAUCUGUUACAAGCCUCGGAGAGUGAUGCAAGCAACGAGCCUCAACAAAAAGCGAAAAGUGCCGCAACUUACCUAAGUCGCAGUUACUUGAAAAAAGAAGAGGAAAAUACGGAGAAAGUUUCCCUGUCUCGUGAAUCAAGAGAAUUAGGGCCUACUAUAUUAUGUGUGUCAAAUUUAAGCUACGCAAAAAUGCAUCAUGAAGAUGAAUUUAUUCUUGAGGAUAUCAACUUCUUUGCACCUUCAAAGAGUUUAACAGUCAUCACCGGACCGGUUGGAAGUGGUAAGUCUACUCUGCUCUCAGCGAUCGCUGGUGAAAUUUGGAACACCAGUGGGACGAUUGAUUAUCAAGGCUCUGUCAUUUACUUGCCUCAGACUGCUUGGGUGUUCUCGGGAACGAUAAAAGAAAACAUUCUGUUUGGUCAACCCUGCAAGGAGUCCAAGUACGAAAGAAUAAUCGACGUCUGCGCUCUGAAAGAAGACUUUCAGCGGUUACCUGAUGGUGACCAAACAGUCGUUGGAGAACGCGGAGAGGUUCUGAGUGGAGGACAACAGGCGAGAGUAAGUUUAGCUCGUGCAGUUUAUUCUGACGGAGAUAUUUAUCUAUUGGAUGAUCCAUUGAGUGCUGUCGAUGUUAAAGUUGGCCAACACAUCUUUAACAAGUGCUUCAAAGAUCUACUGGGCGAUAAAAUCGUUCUGUUUGCCUCUCAUCAGCAACAGCACAUGGAAAAUGCUGACGAAGUAAUUGUGUUGUACAAAGGGCGUGUCCUCGACAAGGGACGCUUUACUGAGCUGCACGAAAAAGGUGUAAUCAAUUCAACUGUUGACCCGCUCUAUAAAGCAGCUCUGAAGGACAAAACGGACUCAUCUGAGCCGUUCUGCUGGGAAGAUAAGGAGGAACACGAUGAUGCUGAAAAGUGCCAGAAAAUACAUCCUCUGCCCAAUGAAGCGAAGAGUUUGGAGAUAGCAAGGGAGGAUCGUUCAAUCGGAGUUGUGACAUCCAAGCUUUAUUGGGACUAUUUCAGAAGUGGAGCACAUCCUUUGAUGCUAACUGGAAUGGUUGGUUUAAGUCUCAUUACUCAAGGUAAACUUAUUGUUAGACUGAGCUACAAACCUUGGGUCAGACCUUUUUUCUAUAUUUCUUUUCUUCUAUUCUUUUAUUCUGUUUCGUGCAAAUCACUUCAUAAUGGCUAUGCUUUUAACCAAGAAUAAACGUUCUUUUUAGAUUAGUAGGUAGCGUUAAGAGACACUGCACAAACUUCUGACCAUGUUCUCGAUAUCUCACUUGCUCGUACAAGCGCGAGGCAAGCGCGAGUGAAUGGCGAGUUACGUGCGAAAGGAAGACCUGGUGUUUUUCUUCUCGCGUUUGCCUUACACUUGCCUCCACUCGCAUGAAAAGGUCGAAAAACCACUCGCUCCACAAACUAACUUUCUGAGACCAAAAGCAGCUUUUUAAUAAUAUUUAUGUGUGACAUGGUUGACUGCCUCAUAUAUUCUGUGACGUUGUGGUGCUUGCAUAAACAUCCUCAAGACGUUAACGGUAGUAGGUAAUCCAGGCGAGUUGUGUCUAGGCGCAAUAAAUCUUACAAUGUUCAUCUGAGUGAUCAUACAAAAGUACAUUUCAACCACUGCAUUUUAAUGGUAUUUCUUUCAGCCAUCAUAGUUGCUCCAGACUUGUGGCUUUCGUUUCUUGCAAGGCUAAACCCAGAUGAUCAGAGUAACAAGACUUAUCUAUCUGUCUUCGCCUGUCUGGUUGGCGCGUGUUUUAUAUUUAAUAUCGUUCGGGCUUACGGAUUCUUCCAUGUUUGUCUGAAGUGCGCCGAGCAUCUUCACGAUAAAAUGGUUGUGGCCAUUUUACAAGCACCUGUCCUGUUCUUUGAUUCGAAUCCAGUGGGAAGAAUCCUAAAUCGUUUCUCCAAUGAUAUUGGCUGCGUAGAUGAGAUGUUACCCAAAACAUUCCUGGCGGCAAUGCAGAUGCUCUUGGUGAUAUUUGGCCAAAUUCUAGUAACAGUUUCUACAAAUGUUUGGCUGAUGUUUCUUGUUGUUCCAAUUUCCAUGUUGGUCGUUUUUCUAUCCAAUUAUUACUUGAAGACUGCCAGAGAACUAAAGAGGUUAGAGUCGAUAUCCCGAAGCCCAGUGUUCGCUCAUUUUUCGGAGACCCUGAUAGGACUGGACACGAUUCGUACGAGAGGAAGACAGACAGAUUUUGUGGAUGUACUCUACAGGUAUGUCAAAGACAUUGAUUCAGUUUGUGGUGUCAGAGCCGAUAAAUGCACAGGGCAAUAGUGACUCAUAGUCGCUCGUUUUCUGUGAGCUAUUUUUUUUAAAUUUGCCGGCAAUACGCGAAAUGGCAUCACGUGUCUUUUGUAAUCCUAUCCGGUACGUGCCGAGACACUGGUCAGCAAGUGGACCUUUCGGUACGAGGCACGGUGGCGAAACGAAGCUAUCCGAAAGAGGCACGAGGGGCAUUAACAGUUGUGAGACUACAGUUAUUGCUCUGUGCGGUUUUCAUCCUACUGAUAGGGUUUUAACAGUCGCAUAAUAUGAACCGUCAAUCAACAAGAUCGCGUGACGUAGAAAUUUUACAAUAAGUCGAAACUAUGACAAAUGUAUGGAACUUAUAAGCGAUGUUAGUUUCUUUCUCUAAUUUUGUCACAGUUUUGAUCAAUUGGUAAGAGAACGUCAUGUCGUGCAAUUCUGCCUUUAAUAAUACUCGUGAUUAAAAAAGUCAGACUCCCGCCUCGCAGUCGUCCCCUUUUGUUAAUCACUCGUAUGAUUACUGGCCGAAUUGGACUCCACUCAGUCCUAUUACCAUUAUGAGUUUAAUUAACAGGAGAUACAGACGAGUGCCACUCGUCUUCUCCUUCUGAUUAAUGUUAUACUUAGCAUAUUAGAUGUAGUUGUGAUAGUGAACAAUUAAGAACUGGUCUGUUUUUGGCGAAUUUACUAUUUUUAAUGGAAAUGUAUCCAUAUCGUUAAGAAACUCAGCUCUAGCGGCUCUCACUUCAUCUGGACGAAUGGAGCAUACCUAAGAAUGAGAUGUGGUUACGGAAAUGAUCUUUCGGAUAUUUAGCAAGAAGCUUACGGAUGUUCCUUGGAGGGUAACAUCUUUUUGAGGGGCAGGGGUGUCGGGCGGAAUUUAUUGAAGGGUUCCGUUACAUUGUCAGGCCAAAGGAGACACUGGUCUCACUUCAGUGUACAGACCCGAUGUAAUCUCUCUGAGAUUUUUUUGGGGUGAUUGUCGUAACGAAAAUAUUAUUUUAUAAUAACAAGCCAAUCAAAACAAAAGAAAAGAUCACUAGUAGUGACAGAGGACUUAACUAAAAAACAAGGAAACGGCAUUGAACGCUGAGAAACGCGUUCGACCAACAGGCGGUUGGUUUUGCGCAAGUUUGACGGACCAAUCACCAAUCAAAGUAAUUACCAAGCUGUUACAACCCGGUUUAUUUUCGACAGUCAACUAAAAAAGAACUCCAUUAUCAAAACUUAUUGUGAUAAAAACUUGUCCCCUCAGAUAUCAAGAUGUUCAUAAUCAGGCGUAUGUUAUGGUGAUGGCCAGCGGUAGGUGGCUCGGUACACGUUUGGAUUGUCUCGCUUCCUUGUUAGUCGGUGCAUUUGCUGUGGCUGCCAUCUUGGUAUCUCAAGAUGCCGGUAAGCUCAAGAUUCUUAGUAACAUUUUUGAGUCUUUUUAUGUAAAGUAAGAAUCUAUAGAGUCGUGUAUUAACACAGCAUGAACAACUGAAUAAUAAACGAGUGGUUUCUAAACACGACAGAAACGUGAGAGUCAACUCGGGUGGCUUAAGUGCAGAGCAAACUUUCAAGUGUCUUCUAUGAUUCAAAACAGGAAACUUGUGCUGAUAACUCCUUUGCACCUACUUAGCUUGGAGUCAAAACAACGACGUAAAAAGAUGCCUUAUUUGGUACUUCCUAUUAAGUGACUGCCUGGACAAGGCUAGGUAACCUAGCCUUGUAAAGCUUUCGUUAUAUGUUUUGAGCUAUCGGGAAAAAACAGGUCCGGAAUUUAUAGACUUAAGUUCUAAUUUUCUUUUCAGCUUACGCUGGUCUCGCUCUUGUUUACGUCAUCCAAACUCUGAGCGCGACUCAAUACGCUGUUAGAAAAACGUCUGAAGUUGAAAACUACAUGACGUCAGUUGAGCGAGUUAUGACUUACACCCGACUCGAUCAGGAGCCUGGAUACGAAGAAGAACGAACACCGCCAAAAGACUGGCCUCGGAGAGGAAGUAUUGUGUUGAGAGAUGUAUCAUUGACGUACUAUCCGAGGGGACCUCAAGUGCUGAAGAACAUCAAUCUUAGCAUCAAAGGAGGAGCAAAGAUUGGAGUUGCCGGCCGUACGGGAGCUGGGAAGUCAUCUUUUGUAGCAGCUCUCAUGCGCAUGCCUGAUGCUGAUGGAGAGAUAGUCAUCGACGACGUUCCAAUUAAAGAGAUAGGCCUCCAACAAGCUCGACGAGGUAUCUCAGUUCUUGGCCAAAGUCCUGUUCUUUUUAGCGGAUCUUUGAGGAAAAAUCUCGAUAUUUUAGACAAGUUUCGAGACGCUGAAUUAUGGCAGGCUUUAGAGGAUGUGCAACUGAAAGAUUUUGUCGGGAGGCUUGAGGCCAAGCUGGAUCACGAACUGCUGGAGCAUGGUGCUAAUGUCAGUGUUGGAGAGCGGCAGUUAAUUUGCUUGGCUCGUGUGCUGCUACAGCGAAGUAAAAUCGUCGUCUUGGACGAGCCAACUGCGCAUGUUGACCCAGACACAGAGCAGACGAUUUGGAAUGUAGUGCGGGAUAAACUGAAGGAGUCCACUGUCAUCACUAUAGCUCACCGUUUGAACACGAUAAAAGACUGCGAGAAGAUUUUGGUCUUGAAAGAUGGAAAAGUUAAAGGGUUUGACAAUUUUGACUCAAUAAUGAACAUUAAGUGA